AUCCAGUUACUUUAACUUCUGUGGUUCAAAUACUAGCUUUCUUCAGGCCUAUCUAAUCCUUUACUUGAAGUGGAAUACGGAUUAUUUGGUGGGAUGGGUUGUGCGGGCUCUAGGGCGAAGAAUAGUGGAGUCUCGGGGAAACAGAAAACGCAGAUGCCUCAAACCGUCCGUGACAGCAGAGACCCAUCAAGGAUAGAGAGAUCCACAUCCCUGCUUCCUGGACAGAUUCUACAAAAUGCGGAUGCUUCCAGUGCUCCGGAGCAAAUCGUUAUCGCCCUGUUUUCAUACAAGGCUUUGACACAGUCAGAAUUGGGCUUCAAGAAGGGAGAGAGACUCAAAAUAUUAACAGCGGAUGGUGAUUGGUGGAGAGCCAAAUCUUUGUCCUCGGGACGUGAGGGUCUUAUACCUUCAAACUAUGUCACGUCAGAUGGCAUCAUAGACGCAAAUGAGUGGUUUUUUAAGAACAUUAGCAGAAGGGAUGCUGAGAGACAACUGCUGGCCCCCGCCAACAAACCAGGAGCCUUCCUCAUUCGGGAGAGUGAGACGACUAAAGGAAAUUACUCCAUGUCUGUGAGAGACGUGAAUCCUGAUGGUUCAGAUCAGAUCAAGCAUUAUAAGAUCCGCACACUUGAGAAGGGAGGAUUCUACAUUUCACCCCAAAUCACCUUCAGACAGUUGCAAGACCUCAUCAAACACUACCAGAAAAACGCUGAUGGUCUUUGUAGAUGUUUGGAUAAAGUGUGCGUAAAGCCUCAAGAUGUCACUCUAUGGGACCAGGACGCCUGGGAGAUCCCCAAAGACGCACUGCGUAUGGUAAAGAGACUCGGUGCUGGCCAGUUUGGAGAGGUCUGGUUGGCGAACUAUAAAAACAGCACUAAAGUAGCAGUGAAGACACUGAAGCCCGGCAGCAUGUCAGUGGAGGCGUUUCUCCAGGAAGCAAACCUUAUGAAAACCCUGCAGCAUGAGCGGCUUGUUCGCCUUUACGCCGUGGUGACCAAAACCCCACCAAUCUACAUCAUCACAGAGUUUAUGGCUAACGGAAGUCUGUUGGAUUUCCUGAAGAGUCCAGCUGGCAGAAAAGUUAAGCUUCCUAAAAUCAUCGAUUUUUGUGCCCAAAUAGCAGAAGGCAUGGCGUAUCUUGAAAAGAAGAACUUCAUCCACAGAGAUCUGCGUGCCGCUAAUGUACUAGUCAGUGAAAGUCUACUGUGUAAAAUUGCAGACUUUGGCCUAGCCAGAGUCAUCGAAGACAACGAGUAUUCAGCGAGAGAAGGAGCUAAAUUCCCAAUCAAAUGGACGGCCCCUGAAGCCAUUUUUUAUGGUUCUUUCACCAUUAAAUCAGACAUGUGGUCUUUUGGUAUCCUAAUAUAUGAAAAUAUCACUUACGGCAGAGUCCCCUAUGCAGGCCUGGGCAACAGUGAGGUGAUUGCACGAGUUCAGCGGGGAUAUCGGAUGCAGUGCCCCGAGAACUGCCCUCAAGAGCUCUAUGACAUCAUGAAGAUGUGCUGGAAGUCCAAACCAGAAGAGAGACCCACGUUUGAGUACAUGCAGAGUGUCCUGGAGGAUUAUAACACAGCCACUGAGGGCCAGUACCAAUAACAAAACAAUGACUGGCAUGCAAACAGGACAUUUAAAGGAGCGCUUCAUUGAACUUGUACUUUAAUACUUGAGCAGUUGCCACAAUGAGUCCAUGGACUUCAAUGAAUCAUUUAGGUUAAAGUGUAUCUGAGGUGCUGGAGCAGGUCACCAUUUCAGCUUUUCACUAGUUUUAAACACAUUUUUGCUUUCACUAGUUUUCAUUUUUAUAAUAGUGUUGAUAUCAAGGGCAUUAUCAGUAUUUAAGUGCAUGUGUUAAGGCGAUAUUUUUCAACAGACCUUGCUUUAUACAUAAACUAGCCUAAUAUAUAUGACCAUUUAUUAUAAUUAUAAAUAUAUAAUAAUUUGAUAAAAGCACUUGCUUUAAUUCUUCUGUU